AUGGUCGCGCCCGAACUUCGCUCCAAACUCGACCCAAAAGCGACCCGCGUUCUCUUCACCGGCUACAACCUGGCUUCGAAAGCCUUCCGUUUCUACGACACAACCACCAAGAAGAGCUUCCUGGGCAGAAAUGCAACAUUCCUCGACUCCGAGUUCCCCGGAUUACAUGGCGACUCCUCCACCGAGCAAGACAUCGAUCGGGGACCCACUAGUAAGGCCGGCACAGACGGAGGUCUCAUCACUGUCAGAUGA